AACAGAAUUUGCUGGGGGAACGCCACAGAAUGUUCGUUGAACGGAACAACCUGUUGUCGAACUAGGAAGAUUUGUGGUUGAAGCAUUUUAACAAGCGGUCCAGUACCCUCCAUUGCUCUCGAAACGUCUGGUUGUUCCCUGGUGAAACGCCACAUCUUGUCUUCUCCGUGGGUGUGCCCCUGAAGACGAUGGCGGGAACGUCUCGGCACGAUCGCGAGAUGGCGGUGAACGCCAAGCAGAAGCUGUCCACGUGUGAUGACCCUGUGGAACGCCUGCGACUGCAGUGUUUGGCGCGGGGGUCUUCCGGGAUCAAGGGGCUCGGCAGGACUUUCAAGAUAAUGGAUGACGACAAUAGCCGCACUCUGGACAUGAAGGAGUUUAUGAAGGGUCUGAAUGACUACGGUGUCCUCAUAGAAAGGGAGGAGGCCAUGAAGCUUUUCCAGCAGUUUGACAGGGACGGCAGUGGACUCAUUGACUUUGACGAGUUCCUCAUUACGCUCAGGCCGUCCAUGUCUAACGCCAGGAAGGAAGUGAUCAUGCAGGCGUUCCGGAAGCUUGACAAGACGGGUGACGGGGUGAUCACAAUCGAUGACCUGAAAGGGGUGUACAACGCUAAGUACCACCCGAAGUACCAGAACGGGGAGUGGACAGAGGAACAGGUGUUCCGCAAGUUCCUGGACAGCUUUGAUUCCCCCUACGACAAAGAUGGCAAGGUCACCAAAGAAGAGUUUUUGAACUACUACUGUGGAGUCAGUGCCUCCAUCGACAGUGACGUGUACUUCAUUUUGAUGAUGAAGACGGCCUGGAAACUAUGAUUUCUACAUUCUGUAUGGAACUUCAUGGACAAUUAACAUGUGCUGUCUUUUUUAUAAAGCAAACUAUUAUCUUAACACUGUCUGCUAGGACAUAAUGAAGAAAAUUGAAAGGCGUUUAAAUUAUUUUGGUGUAAAAAUCCUAAUUUUUAUGAUUUGGGCUUUUGACAUUUUGUGCAAAGGAAGGAAAUUAUUCUGGACGUUGUUAACACUUGUUAGCAUUUCAGAAUCAAUAGAGCUUUUCAACUCCUAAAGACCUGCCCAGUCCUGUUCCUGGAGAUCAACCAUCUGGUAGGUUUUCUUUUCAACCCUAAUCUGCACACCUGAUUCUACUGAUUAGCAGAUCAAAAUCUCUAGCUGUUGAAUGAGGUGUGCUUUGUUGUGUUGGAGUGAAUACCCACAGGACAAUAGAUCUCCAGGAACAGGUCUGGACAGCCCUGGACAAGGUGAAUGUUAGCAAACCAGACCAGCUGUACAAACUGGGGAGAUUUGCAUUGUCUGCCGACAGUCAUGUUCAGUCCUUAAAUACUGAAAAGUUACAGGGCAUUGACCUCUUUGCAUAGUAGGAUAUAGAUUAGAAAACAACUGGGACAACUGUUCGUGAUGAACAUUGACUGCCUUUGUGGCAGUUUGGUCUGUGCUAGUUCAUCUGUUUCUUUUCUCUCAGAGGGAACCUCUUAAGUGAUUAUGUGGGUUACAUUUAUAGAAACAAAUGGCUGAAAUUGCACUCAUUUGGCCAGUAUGCAAGUUACCAUUCUGUGCAAUAAAUCUAAGAAUACAGUCUUCCUAAGACCUGCUUUCUUAACUUCACUGAUGGCUGGUAGAUGCACACAGUACUACUGUAAUCCCUUUUGUGGUCAGUAAACAGCCUCUUUGCAAAAUUCAUAAUUAUUGUACAGUAAAAUCUAAAAUUGUGCAUAAAUAUAAAUAAUGAGAAUGAUCAGAGGAUGCUUUUAAAUGGGCAUUCUGUAUGGUGCACUAUACAAGUACUUUGGUUAACUGUCUAAAUAUACUAAAUAUAGAAAAACAUUUAAUUGUGUUAACCACAAAGUGCUAGUGGCAUGGAAACAAUGAACCAAGAUUGUACUAAAAGGAAUGUUGCAUUGAAUACUUUUUUGGAAACUUGAUUUGAGGGCCUUUUACAGUUGUAUAAACAUGUAUAUUGUCUGAUUAUCUAAAAUGGGGGGGAAUUUUAAUAGUUUUUGACAGAAAUUAUAGGACGUUUUAUAAGAUUACGUAGUGCUGUUUUGAACGUCUUAGUAAAUGCUUGCCUUUUCCAAGAGAGUUAGCACAAUAUGUUGUGAAGUGAUUUUAAUUUUAUUCAGACUAAUGUUAACAUUUAAAAUUAAUGUUGACAUUUAAAAUAAGAACAGAUGAAGUCAGUUGAAAUUUGAAAAAGGAUUGCAGUAUAGCACAGCAGUUUGUGAAGCAGACAUGUAACCUGUAGGUUUGAAUCAUUUCAGGCACAGUGGGACCUCCCUGCAUAAUUUUUAAAUCUUUGCUUACAUUUACCUGUACAAAAAAAGGGACUUUUUUAGAAAUUGCUUUGCGUCCAGGACAAACAUUUCAGAACCCAUACACUUUUUUUCCAUGUGCAGAGGACUAUAUAAUCUCAUAUCUACAGAUAAUCUGUUGAGAGUUUGUGCACUUGUAAUUUUUCCAGAAACAUAAUAAAUGUCUUGUUGAAUCAGGCAGGAAUCCUCUCACUACUCAUAGACUGAUAAAAUGACUCAAAAUAACUCACACAGAAAUAGAGCGAAAUGCUCAACGGGGUUCAUGUAGAGACCUGACAUUUAGCCAGUGAAGGUCCACAUCUGCAUGCUUUGCAAUUUUUCUAUUUGAGUCAUAAUUGUAGCAAUUCUGCUGCUCCUAGACUUUCCUUUUCCUCAUAUUCAUUAAGUUAUUAUUUGGCCCCACAAUGCCUGUGAUGCGUGCAACCUGGCUUAAACCACAACAUUUACUGUUGUCAUUGUCAAACUGUUUCAGUGUUGUAUUACAAUUCUUCUUGUUCUUGUUAUUAUAGUUAAUAUAAUUGAAAUGCCAAAUAAAAGUCUUAACCAUGUUA